GUUAAAAUGCAGAGUUACGAAGGGACGUACGGUUCAUAGACAAGCGGCACGUAAUCGUCACACUAUGAACAAACUCCUGGACAGCUAUAUAAAAGUGCCCCCCCCAUUCUAGCAUACUGUGAGUGUGAUGGCGACCACUGAGGAGGUCACGGUGUCCAUGGGGGAGGUGGUGAUGGUGAAGGCUGAUGGCGAUGGUGACUCUGAUGACCCCAAUAAGACCCAGGUCAUCCUCCAGCUCCAGCCCAUCACAACCGGAGAUGAAUCCGCUGAAACAGAUGCAGCUGUCAUGGCUGUCGAAGCACAUCCAGAAGAAUGUGAGGGAGAUGACGUUGAACUCGGCUGUCCCAUAACAUGCGGCGACUGUAAAGCUAUGUUGCUAGUGAAGAAAUUUGUGUGCCCGGGAAUCAAUGUUAAAUGUGUGAAGUUUGAAGACCAGCUGAUCAGUCCAAAGCAGUUUGUGCACCUUUCUGGAAAAGCCACUCUGAAAGACUGGAAGAGAGCCAUCAGGAUGGGUGGAGUCAUGCUAAGGAAAAUGAUGGAUUCAGGCCAGCUCGACUUCUAUCAGCACAGCACUCUGUGUACAAACACAUGUCGCAGCACCAAGUUUGACCUCUUAAUCAACAACACACGCUUCCCUCCGGACGGCAGCGGACUCACCACGCCCACAUCCUCUAAUGCUCAGGUGGUUCUGGGUAACGGCGGGACAGUGGGAGAGGACAGAGGAGACGUUCUGAGCGGGAAGUUGGACUGGAGCUCGACCUCGCUGGAGUCUGCAGACAAAAGGGAAUGUAACGAGAUCUCAGAGGAUACGCUCAAUUUCUGGAAGGGAAUCGCUGACGUGGGUUUGCUGGGUGAAGUGGUGACCAACAUCAGCACGGAGCUGCUGGAGCUGCUGAGAGGCGUGCAGCAGCGCAGGGACAACUUACAGGACACAGAUUCCUGUCUGGUAGAGGUGGCGGUGCUCAGUAACCUCGCCCAAGUGUUCGGCCUACUCGACUCGGUCAAGAAGACCCUGGAGACGAGGAGGCAGCAGACUGACCCCAGCCAGGAGCACAUCCUCAGCACCCUCAACAACCUGGAGGUGCAGUUGGAAGAUCAGAGGAAGCAGCAGCAGGUGCGAGCUCUUCUGUCCUGUCCGCAGCCUGCCAAAACCAAGACGCCCACCAAGCGCCAGACCAAGCGGCCUCGUCUCCAGAGGCCCGCCUCCACCACCACCCUCCUGAGCACCUCCGUCAACCAGCAGGCCACCCUGCAGCCUCAGCAGUUCACUGUUCUGUCCCCCAUCUCGCUGUCCUCCAUGGGUCAACCGUUCACUAUGGCGGGUCUGCCCAUUGCCUCCCUGGGCCAGUCGUCCAACACCGUCACCCUGCUCCCGACCGGCUCGCAGCUCUUCACCCGCUACAUGUUGACCGGAGACGGGAAAACCGACACCAUCACCCUGCACCCGUCCUCGGGCCUGACGCUACUGGGCACCGCCAUGCAGGACUCCGGCCAGCUGGGCACGAUGAUGAGCCCUGUAGAGCUGGUGCAUCUGAGCCAGCAGGCCGGCGGUACAGAGAUGGUGCCCAUAGAAGGCCAGGUGGUGGACGGCACCAUGCUGGUGCAACAGGAGGUGAUGCAGGGCGAGGUGGAGGCCAGCCAGGAGCACACGGUCAUCGAGAUAAACCCGGCGCCGGUGGAGCAGCCAGUGGGAGUGAUGGAGCUGCAGCUGUCCGGGGAGUCGGUCAGAGACGGGGCCACCAUGGUGGUACAGAGCGGCAUGGAGGUGACCAUGUCCACAGAGGGGGAGGAGACACAGUGCCAAAUGCAGGAAGUGCAGACUGAGGGGGUUCAGGGGCUGCAGCUGGACGCCAACGGACAGUUGUCAGGCGUACAGAUAGUGGUGAUAGAAGACAAUACUCAGGAAGAAAACAAGGUGAAAUGAGACACAUCCUCCUAUUCUACCCGCCAGAACAGACAUGGACUGAGAUAUCACAGACUUGUGAAAUUGUAAAUACACAGAAUUUCCAAAUCGACAAAUUGCCUUGGCUUAAGACCAAGCGCUAGGGUAGACGUUUUUCCUUUUUCUGGUGUGUCUGUACAUGCUCCCCUCUCAACCUCUCAUUGGUUUUUAUUGAAACAAAGACGCAGCACAACAAAUAGUAGACUAUGCUUCUGUUUGUUUUGUAAUUAAAGGAUCUUACAGGUAUUUCACAACUUAACUCUUCUUUUCGUAGAUUCGGCUGUCAUUUCUAUUGUUAAUGUUGACACUGUACUCGCCAGGUAAACCGCUGAGAUCUGGGAAGAUGGAGACGUCACUAAGAAGAAGUCAGAUG